GCGGCACCGGCACCGGGACGGCGCGGAGCGGAGCGGCGGCAGCGGCGGCACCAUGGCCUCCGAGAGCGAGGCGCAGCGGGCGCUGCAAUAUGAGCAGACUCUGAUGUAUGGGCGUUACACGCAGGACUUGGGCACCUUUGCCAAGGAUGAGGCGGCCCGGCUGCGGUUGCAGGAGGGGGACACGAUCCAGCCCCGCCGUCCCUCCGAGCUGCUGGAGUACACCCAGGGCCGCUGUGCCCCCUGUCGGGUCUGCGCCUUGCAGUGCCAGCGAUUCCUCAUCUCCAAGGUGGGUGAGGACUGGGUCUUCCUCAUACUGCUGGGACUGGUCAUGGCACUGGUCAGCUGGGCCAUGGAUUUCGCCAUCGCCACGUGCCUCCAAGCUCAGAAGUGGAUGUACGGGGGCCUGGACACCAACGUGCUGCUGCAGUACAUGGCCUGGGUCACCUACCCCACUGUGCUCAUCACCUUCUCAGCUGGCUUCACCCAGAUCCUUGCCCCCCAGGCUGUGGGCUCAGGGAUCCCCGAGAUGAAGACCAUCCUGCGGGGCGUCGUGCUGAAGGAGUACCUCACCCUCAAGACCUUUGUGGCCAAGGUGAUCGGACUGACGUGUGCCCUGGGCAGUGGCAUGCCCCUGGGCAAGGAGGGUCCCUUUGUCCACAUCGCCAGCAUGUGCGCAGCCCUGCUCAGCCGCUUCCUCUCCCUCUUCGGGGGCUUCUAUGAGAAUGAGGCAAGAAACAUUGAAAUGCUGGCAGCUGCCUGCGCUGUCGGUGUUGGCUGCUGCUUCGCCGCCCCCAUUGGAGGCGUCCUCUUCAGCAUUGAGGUCACCUCCACCUUCUUUGCCGUCCGCAACUACUGGCGCGGCUUCUUCGCUGCCACCUUCAGCGCCUUCAUCUUCCGUGUCCUCGCUGUCUGGAACAAGGAUGAAGAGACAAUCACGGCACUGUUCAAAACCCGCUUCCGCCUCGACUUCCCCUUCGACCUGCAGGAGCUGCCUGCCUUUGCCGUCAUCGGGAUCGCCAGCGGCUUCGGGGGUGCACUCUUUGUCUACCUCAACCGCAAGAUUGUGCAGUUCAUGCGCCGCCAGAAGGCCAUCAACCGCUUCCUCAUGAAGAAGCGCCUGCUUUUCCCCGCCCUGGUGACGCUGAUCAUCUCCACGCUGACCUUCCCGCCUGGCUUUGGACAGUUCAUGGCUGGCCAGCUCACCCAGAAGGACACCCUGGUGACACUCUUUGACAACCAGACGUGGGCCAAGCAGGGGAUCAAUGAUGAGUUCGAAUACUUGGGCAUCCUGGAGGCCUGGCUGCAUCCUCGCUCCAACGUCUUUGUCACACUUGUUGUCUUCAUCCUCAUGAAGUUCUGGAUGUCAGCCUUGGCCACUACCAUCCCAGUGCCCUGUGGAGCCUUCAUGCCCGUCUUCGUCAUUGGGGCAGCCUUUGGGCGCCUGGUUGGGGAAAGCAUGGCAGCCUGGUUCCCUGAUGGCAUCCACACGGACAGCAACAUCUACCGCAUCGUGCCGGGGGGCUACGCCGUGGUGGGAGCGGCCGCACUGUCGGGUGCUGUCACCCACACGGUGUCCACGGCUGUCAUCGUCUUUGAGCUGACGGGGCAGAUCUCACACAUCCUCCCUGUCAUGAUCGCUGUCAUCCUGGCCAAUGCCGUCGCCCAGAGCCUCCAGCCCUCCCUCUACGACAGCAUCAUCCGUAUCAAGAAGCUUCCCUACCUCCCUGAGCUGGGCUGGGGCCACCACGAGAAAUACAGCGUGCGGGUGGAGGACAUCAUGGUGCGGGACAUCCGCUACGUCACCCUCAACUGCAAGUACCGGGACCUGCAGCAGGUCCUGCACAGCACCAAGAUGAAGAACCUGCCACUGGUGGAGUCAGCUGAGUCCAUGAUCCUGCUGGGCUCCAUUGAGCGGACGCAGGUGGGGGCCCUGCUCAGCACCCAGCUCAGUCCCCAGCGCCGGCUGCUGAUGCUGCGGCAGAAGGUGCUGCCCGAGGACGGGCACCAGCUCUCCGAUUCCAGCAUCCGCUUCCAGGUGAGCGCUGCAACCAUCUUGGGGGAUGCCCGGACAGGGCGUCCCCCACCACUGUCACCCUACCACCCCAUCCCCCCACAGAUCAGCACAGAGACCUCCUCGGGCACCCCUGCCCGCGCCGCACUCCGCAAGCCCCUGAAGCCGGCACUGAAGCGGGUGCCCAGCAGCCCAGCCGACAGCCCCCCAGCUGGCAGCACUGACCACACUGGCAUCGCCCUCAAGAGCCUCUUCUGUGCCAAUGCUGCCACAGAGCCCACCGAGGCCCAGGGCACAGCCUAUCACAAGGCCAAACGCGUCCGCAUUUCCAUUGUGGAGGAGAUGAUUCUGGGUGACAAGAUGACCCCAGCAGAGAUCCUGGAGUGGGAAGAACAGCAGCUGGACCAGCUGGUGGACUUCAGCAGUGCCAAGAUCGACCCCGCACCCUUCCAGCUGGUGGAGCACACCUCGCUGCACAAGACCCACACCAUCUUCUCUCUGCUGGGCCUGGACCAUGCAUUUGUCACCAGCAUUGGGCGGCUGGUGGGCAUGGUGUCCCUCAAGGAGCUGCGCAAGGCCAUCGAGGGCUCCCUGACGGGCAAGGGGGUGAAGGUGCGCCCGCCGCUCGCCAGCUUCCGUGACAGCACCGCCAGCACCAGCGAGGCCGACACCACGGCCCUGCACCAGCUCUGGGACCGCCACCAGCACCACCACAUGCCCCGCGAGGCUGGUCCUGGCGGCGACGAGGAUGAUGACACCCCCAAGGGUCAGUGAGGCCCUUGAGAUCCACCCCCCUGUGUCCCCCCUGGCACGGGCUGGGGUGUGCCCACCCUGAGUCCACUGCCGCCAGGCUCAGCACAAGAGUGGGCACUCUCAAUCCAGUGCCUCUGCUCCCUCCCUGGGCUGGGGAACAGCCAAAUGCUCCCCAGCCAGCCUCUGCUCCCCAACGACCUGCCAGCUCUUGGGGCUUCCCACUUUGCUACCUCUGUACCCCCCCAGCCCCCGGUGCCCCCCAGAAUGGCCACUGCCCUCACACCCUCCAUGAGCACCACAAUGUCCCUUCUCAGGGUGGCACGGGGCAGAGAGGGGCAUCAGGUUGGGGUGUCCACGGGGACGUGGGUGGGCAUUGCCCCCUGUGCUCAGCACAUCAUGGCUGGGAACAGGGGGUCCUGCUGCCUCUCUGCCGUGCACCUCUCCCCAUGUAAAUACAGAGAUUUUUAUAUUAAUUUAAUAAAAGGACUUUAUAAACAGA